UAACACGUGGGAGGACCGCAUAUUUUUCCAAGGCUCAACACAGUUAUGGGCACCCUUCGAGGAGUUUGGAAACAAUUGUAGGGGAAUAUAAUUAAGCUCAAAAUCACGGAAUAUCUAUCAUGGAAGAUGAGAUGGGUUCUGGUAAUAGAGAAAGAGAUUUGAACGGCACAAGUACAGAAGUCCAAGCUUUAGAUGCAGGCGCCCUCUUUGUCUUAGAAUCAAAAGGAACAUGGAUUCAUGCUGGCUUUCAUUUAACAACCUCCGUAGUGUCCCCUGCACUUCUGAGUUUGCCGUUUGCUUUUGCCUCUCUUGAAUGGGCUGGAGGAGUAAUAUGCCUUACUAUUGAUGCACUCGUCACUUUCUAUUCAUAUAAUCUCCUUUCCCUCGUGCUUGAGCAUUUGGAAUUGCACGGAAACAGAAAAUUGAGGUUCAGAGAUGUUAGAUAUCAUGUUAUGGGUACGAAUCAGAAUAUUCUCACCUUUUCAGUGUUUUGGGUCUUGUGCACUUGUAACAGGCGUUAUCCAUUGAAAGACCUCUAG